AUGACACCGCCAACUGUUAAGGAGUUGAACGAUAAGCAGAUUGUGGUGGCCAUCAACGGAACACAGUACUAUAUUGUUCCGACCACCUUUUCGGAAGUCUCGUUAAAUGAUUUCCUUCGCUCACAUCUUUUACUGACGGGAACUAAGGUUAUGUGUCGAGAAGGAGGAUGCGGCGUUUGCAUUGUAAAUGUGGCACAUAAAGAUCCAGUUGGAGGGAGUCAGUUUGUUGAACGCUCUGUGAACUCAUGUUUGUGUCCCAUCUUGUCAUGCGAUGGCUGGGAAAUCACUACAGUGGAAGGUAUUGGCAAUUAAAGCAAGCCCCACCUAAUCCAGGGCCGAUUAACCGAGCACUAUGGCACCCAGUGUGGAUUUUGCACACCGGGAAUGGUCAUGAACAUGUACAGUAUGUUACAAAACGGUAAUCUGCGACAGCAAGAUGUGGAAAACUCGUUCGAUGGAAACAUCUGUCGCUGCACGGGGUACCGCCCCAUUUUGGACGCUUUUAAGUCGUUUGCUUCCGCGGAUGCCGGUUCGGGAAUUCCUGAUAUCGAAAAUUCCGAUGCGGUUAUCGCGUUGUGCCGGAAGCUUGAGAAUGCCUGUUCGACUAAUAGCUUCAAAGGUCAUCACUACGUGCGACCUUUGUGCAACCCGCAGGUGACUGGUCAAAAUGUUUACUACGUCGUUGGGCAUACUGGCAAAGGUGUAUAUGAUGAUGGACCGUACGACUCAUAUAUCGACCUAAAAAAAAUUGCUGAUUUAUAUGAAAUCAGCUUCACGGAGGACACAUUUCGUUUUGGAUCCGCCAUACUGUUGCGGGACGUUACUGAGACUUACAAAGAACUGUCGGUCAGUGAUGGAUAUCAUUAUUUGUCGGAACUAACCGCGCUGCUCAGCAAAACGGCCCACGUGGCUGUUCGCAAUGUUGGCUCAUGGGGCGGCAAUAUGGCCAUGAAGAAUCGCCAUAAAGAAUUUCCUUCGGAGACAUUUCUUACAAUGGUUGUUUCCAAUGCCACAAUAUAUACCGGACCGGACAAUAAAAGCUGCAAAGGCGAAGACUUCGUAAAUGCUAAUUUAAAAGGAAAAAUAAUCUUGCGGGCAGAAUUACCAUCUUUUGGGGAGGAUUAUUACUUUAAAACUUAUAAGAUCAUGCCACGAUCUCAGAAUGCGCAUGCCAUUGUAAAUGCAGCUUUCCGAGCAAGAGUCGACAAGACACAAGGAAAUUUUGUGAUAUCCGAGAAGCCUUGUAUACUGUUCGGCAAUAUUGCGCCAACCUUUACUCAUGCUACGCAAACGGAAGGUUUUCUGGUUGGCAAGGACCUUGGGGAUGUUGAUGUGUUGCACCAAGCAUUGCAAAUACUGAGCAAAGAAGUCAACCCAGUGAUGGAUCCAUCGGAAGCCAAACCGGAAAACAAAAGGUCUAUCUGCCUGUCGCUGCUUUACAAGUUUGCUUUGAUGAUUGUGGGUGAUCAUGCUGAUGAGAGGUAUCGCAGUGCUAUUGCCAGUUUGCGAUUAGAGCGACCGGUAUCCAUCGGGUCGCAGUCUUAUCCUACAAAACCAGAGGAUUGGCCAUUGACGCAGCCGAUUCCCAAGAUUGAAUCCAUGAUCCAGUGCACCGGCGAAGCGAAAUUCAUUGCGGACAUUGAACAAGAAGGAAUGCUGCACGCCGCUUUGGUCCUCACUACGCAGGCCAAUGCUACCAUUUUCCGGAUUGAUGCUGCUCCGGCUUUGGCACUGCCGGGUGUUGUGCGAGUUUUUACGGCAUCCGAUAUUCCCGGUGCGAAUAACAUAUUCCCACUAAAUGAUCCCAGCUAUCCCACGACCGCGGAAGAAUUUUUAGCUGUUCGUCAAUCUUUCUAUGCCGGACAGUCGGUUGCCAUCGUCGUGGCAGAUUCCUUCGUCAUGCUAGUGGAGGAAAAUCCAGAUGAUUUAGAUCUGCGUAUAAUUUGUGACAACAUCGGAAUGUUCUAA